UCUUUCUACCUCUGCCAUUAAGGGUUAUAAGGCCAUGCUGAAUGGAGUCUUUGCAAUCAGGGGCAUGGACCUCAACAAUGACCGGGUGUUGAGUGCUAUUGUCAAGGCGUGCUCUUCUCAACCCCGCAGACCUACUAGGAAUCUUAGUCCUUCCUGGAACCUGGAUGUAGUUCUUCGCUACCUGUCCAAGGCCCCCUUCGAGCCCCUUCGGCUCUCGUCCUCCAGGGACCUGACCAGGAAGACUCUUUUUCUCCUGGCAUUAGCUACAGCGCAGAGGGUAGGGGAGAUCCAGGCCCUCUCCUCCCGGACUAGCUGGCAAGGACAGGAUCUUAUGGUCUGCUAUCUCCCUGAGUUCAUUGCUAAGACGGAUACGGGAGUUCACAGCACGGCCUGGGAAUUCCGUAUUAAGAACCUUACUUCCAUUCUCGGUUCCAUGGAUGAGGAGCGCUUUUUGUGCCCUGUUCGGGCUCUCUGCCACUAUUUACAACGGAUUGCUUCAGAGACAAGGCCCAGGAAUCUGUUUGUUGCAGUUAAACGCCCUUCUCGACCUAUGUCGAAAGCGGCCAUCUCAUACUUCCUCAGGGAUACCAUCAAGUCUGCCCAUGAGGCUAUUUCUGACUCUGUCUGCCUCGAGGUCAAUGCCCGUGCCCAUGACAUCUGUGGCAUUGCUGCCUCCAUGCUCCUCUGGGAAAACUGCUCGGUUCCGACCAUCCUGAAGGCAGCACACUGGAAGACUCACUCGGUCUUUGCCGACCAUUAUCUCCGCAAUAUAGUGCGGAAGGAAGGUGACGUUUUUUCCCUGGGUCCAGUUGUUGCAGCCGGUCACAUUGUGGGCUGACAACUACCACAAGGUCCUCCUUGCUCUGGGGUAACGCUUCGGCUCCCUCAGGUGAAUACCCCAGUGCUCCCUUACACUGCUCGUCUUAGUUGAUUGGAUCAGUAGCCAGGGUUCUCUCCUCUGCGUCAGGGUAUUGAGCACGCUCCUGGAACACUCAUCCCCUGACCCCUAAGGCCUGCUCCCUUUUAGACACACGGGUUAGGAGGACCUCCCAAACCCUUAGCCAAGCCCGCUGGCACCCCUAUGCUGCCCGGCCUCAGCCAAGAGUCAGGUUCUCUCCUUUGAGAAAUAACUGACUGGUUGUCCACGCAGU